AUGGCGAAUCCCACCAGUGCCAGUCCCACUCCUGAACCGGCCUUCAUAGCCGCAUCCGCUGCCUCGCAUAUUCUCACUACCUACCACGAAAAUAGCGGCAAAAAUCAGUAUCCAAGGUUAGCUGUAAAGCCAGUCAAUAUGGCCCCUGCAGCUCUCAAGCUAGUUAACACCUUCCUUGAUCAUCUUUUGUAUGAAAUCUUAUCUAUUUCGCCCUCAUCUACCAUUGCGGACCUGAGACAAGCUACUUAUGCGGCCCUCAAACCUAAAAUAGCGCGAGGUGCGGUUGAAGACGCAGAUCAAGAGCUCUUGAAUUAUCUCGUUGCCGGGGAGGAAGAACAUGAAUCUCUUGUUUCAUCCGCUGACCAGGAUGCUGCUAGAUGCGAGAGUCUCGAGUCUUCUUGGAGAGAAGCCAGAAUUCGAUGCAUGAUUUAUUCAUCUCUCGGAGAAGUCGAUGAACAAUGCGAGCUCACACAUAGCAGUCUAUCCAUGAACGGAAAGCCUAGCGCCCUAUUGCCGGCCAAAUAUAUAUUUUUGACAGCUGUGCUAGAGCACAUGGCUGAACAAGCCCUAAAUGCCGCCGCGAACGCCGCAAAUCAUAGAUUAAUGCUGAAGCAAACAAACAUCAGUCAUAACAAACCUCCAACACUUGCUGAGGCUGGACAAGGCCAAAUGGUUGAAGUGGCGGAUGUAGAACGGAUUGCCCUAGAUGGAACGAUGGGACGGCUGUGGAGGAUAUGGAGGAAAGGCACUCGUUCCCCGUCGACUUCUAUCUCCAAAAAUUGUUGUAUCAGUCGGAAGCCAAUUACUCACAUACCCCAAAAAAUAGAAACCUUGCUCAUCUUGCCGAGUCAUCUUACCACUCGAACUAGACGGUUCCCUACCUCCGCAAUUGGGUUAGCAUAUCUGGACCUUGCUACUAGACCCUCAAAUUCAGCUGAGAGGGAGUGUUAUCGGAGCACUCAUGUACCUGGACUGGAUGAAGUGAGACCGGAAGAAUAUUCUAGGCUAGAGGACAGACCCCUAGUAUCUAGAGAAACCUACAAAUCGCUUCCGGUUCAUCGCACGAGUCCAAUGAGGUUUUCACGCGAAGUAGAACCAAUUAGUGAACGAGGGCUCGUUAUUCAGACUAGUAUUGAGGCUCCUCUUGCAGAUGUGGAAUCUGUGUUUGCAACCAGUCACCAAAUCAAAUAUAAAUCAGACCUCUGUUGCGACUCGAAUAAAGCAACAGCUGCAUACAAAGAAAUCAAAAUCGACCAUGACCCUAAUUUGACGGAAGAUACAUCCGCCCUACUAAAAAGUCCUAGAGCAACUGUAUCCUGUGAUUUGACUAUAGAUGGUCCUUCUGGGUCCCUACACACUACACAGAAUGAAGAUUUAAAGACUAGCAAUAAUAUGGAACUCCCAAACACACAUGUAACGCUCAAUGACACACAAGCUGAUAAACAAAAAUCGCUUUUCGACGCCGAAAAAAAGUUGAAUCCUCCUACCCGAAAGAGGUCCAGUUCUUUCAAUGAAGUGUAUUCAAUAGCUCGACGUCCAACUAUUACCCGCUCAAUCAGCCUUUCAGUAACCCAAGAUCUCCGUGAUAACCAAUUACUUAAAGGUGUUAAAACUGACUCUUCCAAAGAUGCCAACUCCAAGGGAGAUUCAAUUGAUGUAUCAUCAUCUCAAACUAAUACGUUCGAUUCGACAGAUUUUCAAGUGAUACAUGAAGUUGAUAUUAUAAACCUACCCAACGCAGCAACGUUUGCGGAGGCUGUCCAAGGGAUCGAUAUAAUUCAACCUGGCCCAAGAUGCAUACCAAAAGCUAGUAAUCUAGACCAAAGACCAUCAUCACCAAUAUCACACAGGCCUUUGAAGAUAUAUACUGGUCCAUUUGUGCCUGGUGGCGACACUGAAACUAACGAGACUGACCAGCUCGUCUCUCCGGCCUCGUUCCACAGCAAAGAUUCAAAGGACCAGCUUUCGCCCGCCAGCACAGUCAGCCCUAUCGAAAAAUGCUACGAUGACUCAUUUCCAUUUCCAGAUACCAAACGCAUGAACUCUUCAUAUCAACCUACUCGAGAUAACAUUCAGGAUUACACUUAUAGUCUUCAUGAGCCUCAACGCUCUGCUCGGCCUUCUGAUACAAUGUCUGCAAAAUCAAAACGAUCAAUAUACACUUCAGGGUCUACAUCUUCAUCUGUUUCGCGUAAGCUGAGAGUAGUUCGUACGUCGGAAGAGGGUGCUAUGGAGAACUUUGAUCAACUAAUCCAAAGUGAUCAAACAAUCCAGUAUACAUUGACACCUCAGACAGUACGUGGCGUGAUUACUCCUGGACCACAUCAGGUCUCGAUUGGGCCAUCACGAAUUGACGCAAGACCUACCGCGACGAGUCCAAAAAAUUCCCUGUAUACUUCGAAAUCGGCUUCGAAGUUAUCUUUGGAAUCACUCUCAAUUUACAAUCCUGAGACACGGCUUCGAUCCAGCGUUCCUCAACCGAGAGAUGCUCGAGCCGUGCCUGAGACUUCCACCAUUGAUUUCGCUGACUUCAUUCGUAACACUGGCCCACUCGAGCCAAAUUAUCGAACACCACUGGCUCUCCAAAAAUCACCGUCAUAUACUUACACAAAAGCAAGAAACUUGGCUACAUCUAGCGAUAGUACUCUUCAUGGAAGAGCUGAUACCUUCCCGAAGUCUUCACAUUUAUCUUCGGACCGUGUUAAAGUAAAGACUCGUGAUUCGACAGCCCAGCGAGAUGAAAUAUAUAGUGAUUUAACGAACCUCGCCCGGCAAACACCAUUACUCGGCUUGGAAUGUUCGUCAGGAACAAGUGUAGAAGAUGCUGAUCAAUAUCAUGCUGACUCUGCACGACUAUCCGGUAAACCUUUGGAUAAUUCUGUCUCUGAAAUGCGAUCACUCCGGACCUCUACAUCAGUGAAUAGCUCGGUAACAUCACACAGUGCUCUCAUAGCUGCCAGAAGUAGUGUGAGACCAGGUAUUAUCCAUGAUGAGAGUUGCAAUAUAGAAGCAAAGUUGGCCCCGUCAAGCCGUGCCCUAAGAUUAAACGAUCCAUAUCAUGAUCAUUCGGAUGAGGACAAUGAGCAGGACUCGUCGCCCACAGAUCUUGACCGGAAGGAAGAUUUAAAGGAUUUCCUCAAAACAUCACCACCAUCAUCUGACUCCCCUACACUGUCAACCGGUGACAGGACAUCUGGUGGGAAGUCACUCAAAAAGAAUUUCCAUCCAAAUGUCAUAAUGUCCCUAUUUGGUCGCAAUAUGGCUAGCCACCCAUCCCAUACCAAACUCCUGAAUGGACAUUCUUCUUCACAGGCCGGCUCUGAGUUGCCACACAAGCCUUCAAAGCCGCUUGAAUUGGAGGAAGGGGCUAAUCGAGUAUUUGUUUCAAGUAACGAGCCUCGUCGUAAACCGGAACAAAAGAUUUAUCAGUCCCGAAACCCGGUCUAUUCUGAUACCCAUACGGGCGACUUGGCCAAGUUUCUAAUGCAAAAUGACCCUCCGCCAAUGGAAAGUAGCCCUAAACCAUUCUUCUUGAAUCAGCAAAUGAGAAACGAAACAAGCUCCUUUCACAAGAUUUUUGGCCGGAAGAAGACUAAUAUAGUAGCUAAAUAUUGA